AUGACCGACACACCUGACGCUCUCGCCCCCAGGGAAGAGGAGCACGACCCUCAUUUCGAGCCCGUUAUCAAGCUCACGGAGCAGGUAACAACGAAGACGAAUGAGGAGGACGAAGAUGUGCUCUUCAAAAUGCGUGCCAAAUUGUUCCGAUUUGCAUCGGACUCCUCUGAGUGGAAAGAACGUGGUACCGGCGACGUUAGGCUGCUCCAGCACAAGGAGACGAAGAAAGUGCGGCUAGUGAUGCGGCGCGAUAAGACACUCAAGGUUUGCGCGAACCACGCCAUCACGUCCGACAUGAAGCUGCAGCCCAACAUCGGCUCUGACAGGAGCUGGGUCUGGAAAGUGGCGGCGGACUACUCUGAGUCUCCCCCUACGUCGGAAACGCUCGCGAUUCGCUUCGCAAACGCGGAGAAUGCGGCCGAGUACAAGGUGGCUUUCGAGGAAGCACAGAAGGCAAAUGCGGGCCUUGUCGGUGGUGCUCCUGCUGCUUCUGAGGAGAAGCCCGCAGAGGAAGCGGAGGAGGAGGAGGUCCCAGCAGAGGGGCUCGCAGAUGAAACGGCUGAGGAGAAAGAAGAGGCCGCUGAGGAGAAGAAGGAAGAGUAA